AUGGCAACCAACAUCACAUGGCACGCCGGCCUCACACGCCAGGAGCGCAGCGAGCUUCGCAAGCAGAAGGGCUGCACCGUGUGGUUCACCGGCCUCUCUGCGUCCGGCAAGUCGACCAUCGCAACUGCACUCGAGCAGCACCUCCUCAAGCAGGGUCUGCAGACCUACCGACUCGACGGUGACAACGUCCGCUUCGGCCUGAACAAGGACCUGGGUUUCUCGCCGCAAGACCGUGUGGAGAACAUUCGUCGGAUUGCUGAGGUCGCAAAACUCUUCGCCGACUCCACCACCAUUGCCCUCACCUCCUUCAUCUCCCCCUACAAAGCCGACCGCCAAGUCGCCCGCGACCUGCACGCCGACACCAAGAACACCGACUCCCCGCUGCCCUUCAUCGAAGUCUUCAUCGACGUCCCCAUCGAGGAGGCCGAGAAGCGCGACCCCAAGGGCCUGUACAAGAAGGCCAAGGCGGGGGAGAUCAAGGAGUUCACGGGGAUUAGUGCGCCGUACGAGGCGCCGGAGAACCCUGAGGUGCAUAUUCAUAGUGAGAAGACGAGUGUGGAGGAGGCAGUGGUGAUUAUUACGAAGUAUUUGGAGGAGAAGGGGUUGUUGAAGAUGGGUUAG